AUGGCAACCGUUACAAGGUUAACUACGAGGGAGCAUCACGAGCAUGACGGGCUUGUAAGUCUCCCGUCUGAUGGUUCUCAGACUUUGAUUCCGUUGACACGAUUAUAUCACCCACCAUCUCCGCGCAAACAAGUUCGGCAAUGCCUGUACCCGCAUCUUGAGCAACUAGGCGCUGAGAAGCUCAUCAAGGGCAUCGUCAAUGAGACAGCGUCCAUGUGCACUUAUCUCUACCCAAACGCCGAUGAUGAAGGAAUCUUUCUCGCCACAGGCUUCAUGACGGUUCAAUUUGUCAAUGAAGUCAUCUUCGAUAGCGCUGCUAUUCUCGAGAAUAUCCAGGACUCCAAGCUGCGCGAUACACCGCAGCGGCUGGCAGACGGGAUCGUAUGUACUGCACGUAUAAUGGAGAAUCCUCAGGCAUAUGAAGAGUGCUGCGAGAUCAUAUCGGGCUUGGAGACAGACCCGUUUCUUCUGGGAGCUAUCCACGAGCUUUCGACGCGCGUGCACAUCCGCGGUCGACGCAUCAAUGAGGAGCGCUUUGAGGUCUGGCUGGCCAAGUCAUGCGCUGCCAUGAAGGACUUUGGCGAGCCUCAUGCCCUGAUCUACAGUGAAGCCAAAAAUAUGACCGUCGAAGAAUACGCAGACCAUAAAUUGCGGAAUUCUGGAAUGAUUUAUACCGUUCUCUUCGUCGAGAUGGCCAUGGGUACUUUUCUAUCUGAGGAGCACAACGCUAUUCCACAAAUCCGUCAGAUGCAGCAGCAUUGCGAAAAGAUUGGCUCACUACUGAAUGAGAUUUUCUCAUAUGAGAAAGAGACGUUUUUGGAGAAUACAAAUAAUCUACUAGCCGUGCUGGUACGUACGGAGAAGAUUAGUUUAUAUGAGGCUGCGCGACGAGUCGCUGCAAUGUCACAAAGACAUGCCCAGGAGGUGGAGCGCAUUCGGAUUGAGAUUGAAGCCGAGUGCGAUGAUGACAGCGAAGAGGAUACUGGUCUUGGAACGUACGUGGCGGACAUGGAGUUGUUUGGCGCAGCGUGUUGGUUUUGGCAACUUCAGGGCACGAAGCGAUAUUCCUCCAAGACGUCGCCAUUCGUAGAGCUGCGAUUGGCGGAUGGAAGUUCGGAGGUAGAAGCUGAUAAAGGAGCCCGUUGA